AUGAUAAAUGUUACCAAAAAUGAAUAUAAUUUUUUGAAAUUAUGUAAAAAGCAUUUUUGUUAUGAUCCGGCGCAAGAAAUAAAGUUAGAUUAUCCUAAUCAAGUAGCAUUUUAUAUACCAAUACAAUCAAGUAUUCAACAACUGUUGAGUAAACCUGAUGUAUUAAAUAUGUUAAUUAAAAACUAUAAUGAAACAGUCAAUCGUAAUGCUGUUGACACUGAUCUUAUGUAUGAUUAUCGUCAUGGAUCACAAGCAGAAGAAAACAUUAUUUUACGAGAUAAACCUGAUUCAUUAUUGUUUCAAUUGUACAUCGACGAAAUUGGAUUAACUAACCCUAUCGGAGCGAAGAAAGAUACACAAAAAAUCACCAUGGUUUAUUUUCAAUUAGAAGAUUUACCCAAUACUGUAAAAUCAAUGUUAAAGUCCAUCGGUCUUAUAGCAAUGUGCAAUUCAAACUAUCUAUCCACGAAGUCAAAUAAAAAAAAGUUCUUUGAUCCAAUUGUUCAAGAUCUUAAUAUUUUACAGACUAGAGGACUUAGUAUUCCAAAUUCUGCUAGUCGACUAAAUUUUGUAUUUACAGUUCUUACCGGGGAUCACUUAGCUUCCAACGAUAUAGGAGGUUUUCAAAAGUCCUUUAGUAAUGGCUACUUUUGUAGACACUGUUAUAUGAAUUAUGAUGAAAGAUUCACCCCAUUAAAUGAAAUUUCCCAUGCUCUAAGAACAACAGAUGAGCACGAUAAUUUAGUUAAAGAAUUAUUAACUUUGAAUAAUCAUACUGUUUUACGUGGCGUGGUCGAUGAUAGUCCAUUAUCUAAAUUGAUUGGUUUUCAUCCUGUUAUAUCGUUGCCAAACGAUAUCAUGCAUGAUAUAAAUGAAGGGUUGUGUGGAAAAGUUCUAUUAGCUAUGUUAAGAGAAACCUCAACAAAGAGACUUUUGUCAUAUGGAGAAAUUGAAGAUCGUUUGAUAUCUUUUAAAUAUGGCUUCAACGACAAAGAAAAUAAACCACCAAUCUUAAGAAAAAAACAUUUAGCUAAAGGAAAACUGAUUGGAACAGCAUCUCAAAAAAUGUGCUUAUUUACAUUGUUUCCAAUUAUAUUUUUUGAUAUAAUCGAACAAUUAGAUACUCGUGAAGUCUAUACAUGCUUACGUGAAAUAGUUAGUCUCUUAUAUGCUUGUCCUUUUCGAAAAUCAUGGCUGUCAUAUUUAUAUUCUUUAACUAUUCGUUUUCAAUGUUUAAUGGUUCAUUUAUUACCUAAUUUUUUAACUUCUAAAGUGCAUUUGAUUAUCCAUUACGCAAGUCAAAUUGGCAUGUUUGGACCGCCCGUUCGACAUUGGUGUAUGCGUUUUGAAGCAAAACAUCAAGUUUUCAAACGCCUUGCUGUUAAAUCUAACAACUACAAGAACAUUCUUUAUACAUUAUCAAAGCGUCAUCAGUUACGCCAGUGUCUAUUUUUUUCUUCGUCCAAUUAUUAUGAUAUAAAUAACGAAGGUUAUUCGUCGCGAACCAAACAGUUUCUUAUGUUGCCAGCUGAUAUUCGUAGAUUACUACAAGAAAAUAUAAAAAAUGUUGAUCAACAUACUCUAUUUAUGGAGUACGAACGAUUACAAUUUAAUCAUGUUAUGUUCGUAAAAAACUCAGUGUUUGUGAACAAUCUCAUUCAUGAAGAAGAAAUACCCUCAUUUUUUCACUUGAUAUUCAUUUUUCAAGUUGAUAAUGUUUGGUUAUUAGUAGUAGAAGAAUUGAAUACAGUAGCGUUCAAUGAAUCUCUUUGGUCUUAUGAACUCGAACACACGCAUUUAUUAUCAAUUAAGAAGCCGGAUGAACUUAUUCGCAUAGUUGCAAAAGGACUUGAUAUAUAUGAAGUGAAUAGAAAAUCAUAUGUUAAUGUUCUUUCGCGUCUUACUAAAGAAAGAAACAAAAUUUAA